AUGUAUAUCAAGUCGUUAAUCCUUGAUGGUUUUAAGUCAUAUGGUAAAAGGAUUGAAAUAAAUGGCUUUGACAAAGAGUUUAAUGCAAUCACCGGAUUAAACGGCAGCGGAAAGUCUAAUGUCAGAGCGACGUCGCUCCAAGAAUUAGUCUACAAAUCAGGCCAAGCUGGAAUCAAGAAAGCCGUAGUAACAAUAACAUUUGACAAUUCAGAUAAAAAAGCCUCACCAAUUGGCUAUGAAAACUACGACGAGAUCGCAGUGACACGUCAAAUAGUAAUCGAUGGAAAGAAUAAGUACCUGCUAAAUGGAACUAAUGUCACGAAUCAGCGAGUCCAGGAUAUGUUUUGUUCCGUACAACUCAACGUAAAUAAUCCCCAUUUCCUCAUAAUGCAGGGUCGCAUUACAAAGGUCCUCAACAUGAAGCCCUUGGAGAUUCUCUCGAUGAUUGAAGAAGCAGCCGGGACCAGGAUGUACGAAGAGAAGAAGGAAUCAGCGAUGAAGCUGAUCGACAAGAAGAAAGCCAAGCUCAAAGAGAUCAAUGAUAUUCUUGAGGAAGAAAUUAACCCGAGGUUGGUUAAAUUGCGCGAGGAACGGGCUCAGUAUUUAGAGUAUCAGCGGGUAGAGCGUGAGUUUGAAAUUUGUAAAAAAAUAGUCACCGCUUGGAAAUAUUACUCAGCUGUAAAAACCAGCGAUAAAACAAAUGCUGAUUUGAAUAAAAUCCAAGCUGAUAUUGACGCUAAGCAGGAAGCUAUUGAAGAAGGAAAAGAGCAGAUUGUAAAGAUAGAAAGUGAUGUUAAAGAGUUGAUUGAUAAAAUGGAGAAAGAGAAGAGCAACAAGCUUGAAACAAUGGAGCAAGAAUUGAAGGUUACCGAGAAAAAGGAGAUAAAAUUGUCCGCUAAAAUCAACAGUGACAAAGAAAGAAUUAAAACUGUUGUUCAUGAGCUUGAUCAGUUGAAAAAAAGCUUGGAGGAUGAUAUCCAAGGAGCUGAGCAACGAAAGAAAGACUUGGAAGAAUUUGGAGGAAAGUUUGAUAAAUUAAGACAAGCUCAAGAAGAAGACGCAGCUGCUGUGCUUGCUGCUCAGGAUAAGUACCAGAAAAUCAGCACCGGGCUGCUUGAAAAUGAAGAUGGAGAAAAUGCAACGUUGUGCCAACAAUUGAUGGAUGCUAAGCAAGCAGCUUCUAUGGCUGAGACGGUAAUAAAACAGACGGAAAUGAUUACUAAGCACGAUUGCGAGCAGCUUGCAAUUAAACAGCGUGAUUUGAAGAAUACUAACAGCGACCAUACGCGAAUUGUUAAAGAGCUGAAGGAAAAGGAACAAUAUUUGAAGAGUUUAGAAACUAAAUUGAACCAGAUUAAUUAUACAGAAGGUAAUUUGGAGAAAUUACAGCACCAAAGGCAGCAAUUAAAUCAAGAAAUCCGCGGUAUUAAUGAUCAAAUUGACAAUUUUUUGGACCGCUAUCCGAAUUUAAGGUUUGACUAUUCAAAUCCUGAGCCUAAUUUUAAUCGUAAAGCCGUUAAAGGAUUGGUUUGUACUUUGUUUGGGUUAAAGGAGAGAAAUGCUGCGUAUGCUUUGGAAGUCGCAGCGGGGAAUAAAUUGUAUAAUGUAGUUGUAGAUAAAGAAACUACUAGCAAAGCUUUGUUGCAAAGAGGGAAUUUACAGAGGCGUGUUACGAUUAUUCCUCUUAAUAAAAUCAGCGGGCAGAAAAUUAAUGAGGCUACUGUUAGAUCUGCAGAGCAAUUGGUAGGAAAAGAUAAUGUAAAAACAGCUUUGUCGCUAAUUGAGUAUCCUAAUGAGUUAUCAGCAGCUAUGUCGUUUAUUUUCGGGAAUGUUUUUAUCUGCAAGGAUUUGACCGUUGCCAAAAAGGUGGCUUUUGAUAGGAAUAUAAUGACCAAGUGUGUUACGUUAGAAGGAGACGUUUGCGAUCCUUCGGGAACUCUUUCUGGAGGAGCUCCAGCUUCUGCGGGGUCUAUUUUGACUAAAGUGAGCGACUAUAAGGUCUUGUUGAAUCAGUUGGAGACCAAGCAGGCGAAUUUGGAGGCACUUGAUCUUGAAAUUACCAAUGAAACUCCCAAAGCUAAGCGCUGGAGUAAAAUUAAGGAGCAGUUUGUCCUUCAGGAGCAUGAAGUUGAAGCUGCGAGGCAGAUGUUGGCUGUUGAUGAGCAUUUUCAAUUAGAGGAAGAGAUUAAAAGUCUCACGGAGAAGAUCAAAGCUGCUGAGGAGAAGAUUAAGGUCAAUAGAGAGUUGAAAAAAAAGAAUGAUGCGAGGGUUAAAGUUUUGGAGAAGCAGCUGGAAGAUAUUGACAGUGUUCAGGAGCAGCAGUUGAAGGAAGUCAAGAAGCAGCUGGAGUUGCUGCAGAAGAAGGCUAGUGCUAGUAAGAAAGAGUGGGAGAAACAUGAGAGCGAUGCUCAGAUGCUGGUUAUGCAGGUUGAGGAGGAUAAGAAGACUAUUGCUCAUGAUGAGGAGCAGAUUAAAAGGACUGAAGAGAGGCUGGGUGAGUUGCAGCAGCAGCACGAUGUUGAUUUGGAGGAAUUAAGGAAGUUAGUUGAGGAAAUUAAGGAGAAGCAGGAGGAAGUUAAGCGCCAUAAGGUGCUGGUUAAUCAGCAGAAUCAGGAAGUGCAGAGAUUGGUUGCUAGGAAGGAAGAAAUUAAGAAUUUAAGUAAGGAGUAUGAGCUUGAUAUUAAAAAGUUGACUCAUGAAAUUGGGACUAUUAAAAGUAACGCUGUUGAUUGUCAGCAAAAAAUUAAAGAUUUGGUAAAAAACAAUCCUUGGAUUGAGCAGGAUAAAAAAUAUUUUGGAGUUCCGGGGAAUAUGUAUGAUUUUGAAGCGAAAAAUCCGACGAAUUUAAUUGAUGAGUUAAAUCAUCUGAAGGAAAAUAAAGAACAGAUGAGUCGCUCUGUUAACACUAGAGCGAUGAAUUUGCUAUCGAUGGAAGAGGACAGGUACAAUGAGACUAUUAAGAAGAGGACUACUGUUGAAAAUGAUAAGAAGAAUAUUUUGUUUACGGUUCAGGAGUUAGAAGAGCAGAAGAAGAAUACUCUCAUGACUGCUUGGGAGCAGAUUAAUAAAGAUUUCGGGUCGAUUUUUAGCAGCUUGCUUCCUGGAGCUAAAGCAAAGCUGCAAACUCUCCCGAAUAAAAAUGUUCUUUCGGGUCUGGAGGUAAAAGUUGGCUUUGGGAAUGUCUGGAAGGAAUCUCUGGGGGAGUUAUCGGGAGGUCAAAGAUCUUUGGUGGCUUUGUCGCUGAUUUUGGCGAUGUUGAGGUACAAACCUGCUCCUCUUUAUAUUCUUGAUGAGGUUGAUGCUGCAUUGGAUCUCUCGCAUACUCAGAAUGUUGGGACUAUGUUGAAGAAACAUUUUAAUAAUUCGCAGUUUAUUAUUGUGUCUCUCAAAGACGGGAUGUUUAAUAAUGCCAAUGUUUUGUUUACUACUAAAUUUAUUGAUGGGAUGUCUUCGAUUAGCAGAGAGGAGAAAGGGAGGAGGCAAAAUAAUGCUGACCGGGAAAAUAAUCCAAGUUGUUGA